ACCUCCGGGGUUGGGUCAGGGAGCUCUCCAGGUGCUGGUUGCCCAGGUUUGGGGGCUCAGGGACCUCCGGGGUUGGGUCAGGGAGUUCUCCAGGUGCUGGUUGCCCAGGUUUGGGGGCUCAGGGACCCCCGGCCCCGCGCAGGCCGCGCUGUUGCGAUGCCGUUGCCAUGGAGACGGAGGAGACAGGAAGUUGCGCGUCCUCCACCUUCCCACAAGGCCCUGCGCGGCCACGGCCAAGAUGGCGGCGCUGAGCGGCGGGAAGGGAUGGCUGCGAAGCUGGCUGCCCGCGCUGCAGCUGCUCCGACGCGGCUCCAAGGCGGUGACGCGGCACUGGAAGGCGAUGCACUUCCAGCGGCAGAAGCUGCUGGCCGUGACCGAGUACGUGCCCCCCCGGCCCGCCGUGCCCCCCCGCUGCCUCCCCGCACCCCAGGACCUCCCACAGGAGGAGGACGGCUACGUGCGGCUGCUGCGGCGGCAGGUGGAGCAGGCAUUCCGGAGCAGCCGCAUGGUGGCCGUGUGCCAGUACAAUUCCAUGCCGGACGAGGACGUGGUCACCAUGCGCCACUACCUGCGCAAGCACAACAUCGAGGUCAAGUUCGUCCUCAACGAGAUUGUCCGGCCGGUGCUGGCGCAGUCCAAGUACAGGAACCUCCUCCCGCUCUUCGUGUGCCGCAACAUCCUGCUGGUGAGCCCGGAGACCCGGGCCCGGGAGAUGCUGCGGGUGCUGAAGGGAAUUCCACAGGUCAACCUCCUGGGCGCCUGCAUCGACGACACGAUCCUGAGCCGGCAGGGAGUGGAGAACUUCGCCCGGCUGCCGUCCCUGGAGGCCUCCCAGGGGCAGACGGUGGGAGCCCUGGCCCUCCUGCCCUCCCAGACCUCAUCCCUGCUCCAGCGUGGGCCUUCCCUCCUCACAGCGCUCCUGGAUGAGCACAUCCGCCGGCUCCGGGACACGGGGGUGCCUGGGAAGCCCCCUCAGGAGCAGGGAAAAGGGAAUCAUUGAUGCUGGGCCCUGGGAUCGGCUCCUUCCCCACUGUGGGAGCCCCCCAGGGCACAGGGAAUGGCUGGCACCGGGAACUGGCUGCUUCCCUGGACGUGGGACAUGGUGGGAACCUGGGGAGCACCCCUCCAGCCUGGAAUGUGGGAGUUCAGACUGAGGGAAUUGGCUCCUUCCCCAGCUGUGGGACAUGUGGGAUCCCAGGGAGACCCCCCCAGACUGGGACACAGGGAAUCACUGAUGCUGGAUCCUGGGAAUCGGCUCCUCCAGCUGCAGGACACAGGGAAUCACUGAUGCUGGACCCCAGGAAUCAGCUCCUCCAGCUGCAGGACACAGGGAAUCACUGACUCUGGGCCCUGGGAAUUGGCUCCUUCCCUGGCUGUGCAGGAGGGGGGAAUCAGGGGUUGGAGUUUUGGUACUGGGGCAGGACUGAGGGUCCUGCAGCCCCCCAGCCCCAGCGGGGAGCCCUGGCCCUUCCCUUGGGGAAUAUUCCUGGGAAUAUUCUGAGGGUGAGAUGGAAGGUCUCAGGGAUUGGCCAGAGGAGGAGGAGGAGCAUGGUGGGAGGGGGGGCCCACAGGAGGGUUUUGAGCACUCCAAGCCCCCUGGAAUGAGGAUGAGGGGGAAUGUGCUGUAACACUGAUCCAGUGUCGUGUCCAUUAAAGUGUCCGUGUGGAGA